AUGCAUUUCCACUCUCUUUUAACCGGCCUUGCUGUCAGCGCCAUUCUGACUGGCGCUGAACCUAUUCCUCGUUCUUCAUCCAAGCACCCUAUCAUCAAGACUACUAAGGGCUCUGUUCAAGGAAUUGCGUCCGAGUACCGCGAGGACAUCACUGUAUACAAAGGCAUUCCCUUCGCUGCUUCAACUGCCGGUGAAAACAGAUGGAAAGCCCCUUCUGCUCGGGAGCCAUGGUCAGGUGUUCUUAAGGCAGAUGCUUUUGGGCCACAAUGCGCACAGACAACCUCAUCUUCCGCCGGCAUCUUCAACACCGCUUCGAAUAUCUCGAGUGAGGAUUGCCUGUACCUAAAUAUCUGGACGCCUACGUUCAACGACCAAAGCGAUUUGACGUCAAAGAAGCUGCCCGUAUACGUUUGGAUCUAUGGCGGACGCUUUGAAGCUGGUUCUGGUGAUGUCGCGACAUAUGAUGGCUCAGGACUUGCGAGUAAGGACAUCAUUGUUGUGACCCUCAACUAUCGUGUUGGAGCUUUCGGUUUCCUCGCCCACCCUGCUUUGUCUGCCGAGUCUGGUCACAAUAGCUCCGGGAACUACGGCCUGCUGGACCAGCAGUUCGCGUUGCGUUGGGUGAAGGAGAACAUUGCCAAGUUUGGAGGUAACCCGGACCAGGUCACCGUGGGAGGCCAGUCUGCUGGUUCUGCCAGCUCACUGGACAUGAUGUACAGCCCGCUGUCGAAGAACUUGAUCAACGGCGUUAUUUCCGAGAGUGGUGCCCGGGGUCCCCAUGAUCCUGUCACAGGCAGCGCAGCGACGAGCUACCGGACCAAAGCUGCAGCAGAGGCGUAUGGUGUGAAGUUCCAGAAGGAACUGAACGCCACUUCAAUUUCAGACCUGCGCAAGCUGUCUAUGGACACGCUGAUUAGCUAUGGUUCCGCCAGCGAUACCACUUUUCAGGGAACCCAGUUUGAGAAUCUCACCAGCUCCUUCAUGGAUCCACCUGUGUGGCGGCCUGUGAUCGACGGCUACGUUCUUGCUCAUACUUACGGCGAAGCGCUGAACCUGGAUGCUCACGCCGAUGUGCCUAUCUUGACCGGAAACAAUAAGGAUGAGUCCGGUGCGUCGCUUGAUCCUGGUAUGACGGUCGCCUCAUACAAAAAGCUAUACUCGGAGAUGUUCGAGGAGUUUGCUGAGGAGUUCUUCACUCUCUACCCGGCAAACAACGUGACCGAAGCAAACGAGAACAGCAACGAGCUAUUCCGCGACUUGAGCCGAGUCGGCACCUGGCGCUGGGCUGUUGACUGGGCUGCGGGCGGUGCCAAGAGCAACGUCUACACGUACUACUGGACUCAUACACCGGCCGAGAAUCCCUCCGCUGGGGCAUAUCAUGGCAGCGAGCUCUGGUAUGUGUUCAACAACAUCCCGUACUCGGACUACUCAAAUGUCACAUGGACUGUGCGCGACUACAAGAUUCAGGACGAGAUGUCCGAGUACUGGGCCAACUUCAUCAAGACCGGAAACCCUAACGGAAAUGGCUUGACCUAUUUCCCACCCACUACGGAGACUAAGCAAACCAUGUGGCUUGGAAACUCUUGGGGUGCUGGUCCUCUGUCGAAGUCUGAUGCCCGCAUCAACUUCCUGCGCCGAUGGGAGGCCACUUUGAAGCAAUACUAG